AGAUGAUAAAAGACGGUAGUAAUGGAGAUGUUGCCAUUGACUCUUAUCACCUUUACCCGAAUGAUUCAUCCAUGAUGAGAACAAUGGGGGUGGACGCUUAUAGGUUUUCGAUCUCAUGGUCAAGGAUAUUACCAAGUGGAAAUCUGGCUGGGGGUUUGAAUGAGGAAGGAAUUCAAUACUACAACAAUUUUAUAGACGACCUCAUAGCCAAGGGUAUACAACCCUACGCGACUUUAUUCCACUGGGACGUUCCACAAGCCUUAGAAGAUGCAUAUGACGGUUUCGUAAGUCCUCAAAUUGUGGAUGAUUUUCGUGACUUUGCCGACGUCUGCUUUUGGAAAUUUGGUGAUCGUGUGAAGAAUUGGAUCACACUAAAUGAGCCAUGGAGUUUUAGCUCUACUGGGUAUGGACAUGGUACAUACGCACCAGGUCGAUGUUCUCCAUGGCAAAAUUGUACCAGAUCGGGGGAUUCAAGCACAGAACCAUAUUUGGUGUCACACCACCAACUUCUUGCUCAUUUAGCUGCAGUAGAGUUAUACAGGAAAAAUUAUCAGGCAUGUCAAGAGGGCAUAAUUGGAAUUACGCUUCUGGGGAUAUGGUAUGAACCUUUGAACGCGAGUUCAAGGCAGGACAUUGAUGCUCAAAAACGAGCCAUCGAUUUUGUGUAUGGAUGGUUUAUGGACCCACUCACAAAUGGUGACUAUCCACGUAACAUGCGUGAUCUUGUUGGCAAUAGGCUGCCGAAUUUCACAACAGAUGAAUCGACAAGGCUAAUCGGAUCAUUUGAUUUUUUGGGGUUAAAUUAUUAUACAGCCGGUUACGCAACUUAUGAUGAUAAUGAUACCCGUCCUGAUAGUUACGUUUAUGAUUCUAAAGUCAUUACAACAUAUGUGCGUGAUGGGAUCCCCAUUGGUGAAAAUGCUUCGAGUUGGCUAUAUAUUUAUCCGCUAGGGUUUCGGAAUCUUUUGAACUACACGAAAAUGACAUACAACAUUUCGCUUAUAUACAUAACUGAGAAUGGGGUUAAUGAUGAUGAAAAUGCUGAUAGUCCGCAAAUUAUCAACGAUACUCGCAGAGUAAAGUACUUGAAAGACCAUCUUUGUUGCCUUCAAAAAUCCAUAUUUGAGGAUGAUGUCAAUGUAAAGGGAUAUUUCGUAUGGUCGAUGAUGGACAAUUUUGAAUGGGUUGAUGGUUACACUACUCGAUUUGGCAUCAACUAUGUUGAUUAUGACAAUAAUUUGACUCGAACCCCAAAGAGUUCAGCGAUAUGGCUACAAGGGUUUCUCAAUGGAUCUACACAAAGCUCCACCAGCCUAAAAUUAAUUGCUGAUCAAUAAAUAAGAGGAAGAUAUAUAUAUAAUUCUUCUCUAUAUUUUCUAAAUAAAAUCUGUGUCGUUUAUCUUUGAACACAGAAUUGGAGUGUGUGAACUAGUGAACCAGCAUUACCUUCGGAAAGUUUGCUAAAUAAUCCAUUUGUC